UACAUGUGUGCUGGAUGGUGGGGUAAGAGAGAGAGAGAGAGAGAGGAGAGAAACAUCAACGACGACGCCAGCUAACGUAACAUAACCUGUCGUUUGGAAAAUUCUCUGUUAAAAGUACCAAAAAUAAAAAAAUGUCGGCGUGGAGGCAAGCAGGUUUAAAUUACAUCAAUUACUCACAAAUUGCUGCCAGGCUCGUUAGGCAAGCUUUAAAAUCAGAUUUGAGAGUCGAGGCUGCCAAACGGGAUGAAGCAAAUGUUAGGGUUACUCAGUGGAAAGAUGGAAAGCCCAUCAUUGAUAAGCAAUGAACUAGGAUGUAUGUCAGAAAAUUAGAUGGGAGCAACAUCAACAAGUAGAGCCUGUCAAAAUAUCCUGAAAACUAUCAGUGUUUUUAUUCUUGAUUCCAUAUUUAUUUGUUGUCUUAAAAUACAGUAAGAAAUAUCACCGUUUGUACUUGUUUGGUUACUUUAAAAAAAAUCAAUCAUAUUUAUUUUGCAUUAUGAUUUUGAGCCUUACAAUACACUGUAAUGAAAAAUAAAUUUACAAUCAUCAAAAUAUUAAA